AUGCUAUCGGUACUGUCAACAUCUCCAUGGUCUUCACCAGUCGUAUUAGUUAAAAAGAAGGAUGGAACAACAAGAUUUUGUGUCGAUUAUCGUCGUUUAAAUCAAAUUACAACAAAAGAUGCUUUUCCUCUACCAAGAAUUGAUGAUAUUUAUGAUCAAUUAACAAAAGCAACAUAUUUCACAAAAUUUGAUUUCAACGCUGGUUAUUUUCAAGUACCAUUAGACAAAGCAGAUCGACCAAAAACAGCAUUUUCAACUCGAGAUGGACAUUUUCAAUUUAAAGUAUUACCACAAGGCCUUACUAAUGGUCCACCAACAUUUCAACGUAUUGUUAAUCAAAUAUUAGUUGCAAGAAGAGAAAUAUUAUUUCUUGGACACGUAAUUAAAGCUGGUACUAUUAAACCUGAUCCAAAUAACAUUCGUGGCUUGGCCGAUACAGAAGAACCAACAUCAGCUGAAGAAGCAUUUAGAUUUGUCAAAGCAGCAGAAUAUUAUAGGAAAUUCAUUCCAAAAUUUUCCACCGUUGCUGCGCCAUUACAUAAAUAUUCACCAGCAACAUCACAACAAACAAUUAACAAAAAAACAAAAUUUGCAUUAUCUGCUGAAGCAAGAGAAGCAUUUCACCAACUUAAGAAAAUCUUAACAACUGAUCUUAUUCUUGAUGGUCAAGAAAAGUGA